AUGAGUAAUUAUUAUAAUAAAAAUAAGAAAUCCUAUUCUGAUGUAGAUUUACCUACAAAUCCCAAUUUACCAAGUUGGAUAAUAACUCCAAAAGAAGAAAAAGCAGUAUUUGAACGAUGGAGGAAAAAAGCUUUUGCUAAAUGUGAUGAUUUAAUUAAAAAAUAUAUUGAAUGUUCAAAUAAUUAUUCUAAUCCUAUGGAUGGUAUGAAAAAUUGUUCAAAAAUAAAUGAAGAAAGUUUAGCUUGUGUAGCAAAAUAUCAAACUAAAGAAUAUUUAGAUAUUGAAAAAGAUUUAUUUAUUAAAGAAAAAUUAGAAAAGAAGAAAUUAUAUAAAUUAUAUUUAGAAAAACAAAAUCAAGACAAGCAAGACAAGCAACAGGAACAGGAGAAACAAAGUUAA